AUGCCAGGAAUUUUACACUUUCUCCAGACUGAGUGGGCCAAAUUUGAGAUGGACCGCGCUCAGUGGGAGAUUGAUAAAGCGGAGUUACAGGCUAAGAUAGCGUUUUUACAAGGAGAAAGAAAGGGACAAGAAAAUGUUAAGCAAGAUCUUAUUAGGCGGAUUAAAAUGUUGGAAUUUGCUCUUAAACAGGAAAGAAACAAAUAUCACAAGCUCAAAUAUGGAACUGAAUUAGAUCUUGGCCAUUUGACCUCUCCUACUUUUGAAAAAGAAAUGAAAGAUGAGCAGAACAUUCAAGAAAGCAUACAAUCAACUUCUAACAACAAUGGCAAAUGGAAACAUGGAAGGCAGCUCCUAAGACAAUACCUACAGGAGAUAGGGUACACAGAUACCAUCAUAGAUGUGAGGUCGGCCAGAGUUCGUCAGCUGCUGGGAUUGCAGCCACUGAGUGAUGAGUCGUCGAAAGCCAACUUAACUAAUGGAGAUGCUCAGGCUCCUAAAAGACCUCUGGAUUCGAGAGCCUACCCAAAGAAAGGCCCAAACAACAUGGCUGCAGAGACAGGUCUGAUGAACAGUGAGAACUCUAUCAUGGCUACCCUUGACUUUCUGUCCAAUGCAGAAACCAUCAAUGAUGAUGACAAUGACAACGACGACGACAGCGAUGACAUCAACAUUGAUGAUGAGAAAGAUCAAAUAGUUAUCAAAAAACCCAAGUUAAAAGACAAUAGCAACAGUAAGUUAGUGUCAGAUGCAGACACAGAGGAGGCCCUGGCAGAGUUCAACUUUCUGGUGAAUGAUUCAUCUGAUGGGCUGCUGGAUCAUCGAGGGCUUGGAGAUGGUGGGCCUAAACGAUCGACACUUCAGGCAAUGUUAGUGAACUUGGAAAACGAAGAUGGAGGUCCAGCAUUACAAUCAGGAAACACAAGUCCACCACGAGAAAACGGAGGUGUCCAGGUGAUGAUGAAUUUAGCCAAUAAUGAUGAGGAUGCUUUGGAAGCUGCUCUGGGGUUGGAUAUGGGUGCAUCUAAAGAUAUACACAGAAAUCCAUGGAGUGCCAAGUACACAUUGAGAAGCCAUUUUGAUGGGAUUCGGUCUUUGGUGUUCCACCCCGUCGAGCCAGUUCUUGUUACAGCAUCCGAAGAUAGCAUGCUGAAGUUGUGGAACUUGCAGAAGCCAGUACCUGCUAAAAGGGCAGCUUCGUUUGAUGUCGAGCCAGUGUACACUUUCCGGGGUCACGUAGGGCCUGUCUUGACCCUGGCAAUGAGUGCUACUGGUGAGAAUUGUUUCAGUGGCGGGCUUGAUGGGACGAUAAGGUGCUGGAAUAUACCCAACUCCAAUAUUGAUCCCUACGAUUCGUUCGAUCCGAGCGUCCUGAACACGACGAUAUCAGCCCAUAGUGAUGGCAUCUGGGGCCUCUCCAUGCACAGUGGCUGUGUACAUCUCCUCUCCUGUUCACCGGAUGGCACUGUCAAACUCUGGGACCCCACCAUUCGAACACCACUCCUCGAUACUUUCCUCAUUAGCUCUGAACCAGGUGUGCCAACAAGCAUAGAUUUUGUAAGAUGUGAGACAAAUCAGAUCGUCGUAUCGUACACAUCAUCAAAUACUUACCUGUACGAUAUCGAGAAAAAGAGACCAAUCAUUUGCCUGGAAAAUAAGCUGGGACCUGAUGUGAACAGGGUCAUAUGCCACCCGACACUUCCCAUCACCAUCACCGCUAAUGAAGAUAGACACAUCAGGUUCUUUGAUAACAAUUCAGGUAAAAUGAUUCACUCAAUGGUGGCGCACCUUGAUGCUGUAACAUGCCUGGCCAUCGAUCCAACUGGAUUGUACUUGCUUUCUGGCAGCCACGACUGCAGCAUUCGUCUGUGGAACCUGGAGACGAAAACGUGCGUGCAGGAAAUGACGUCACACAGGAAGAAAUUCGAAGAGUCGAUACACGAUGUGGCUUUCCACAGUACCAAGCCCUUCAUCGCUUCGGCCGGGGCAGAUGCCCUUGCCAAAGUUUUCGUUUGA